CAAUCCACCAACGAACUCCUCCGAUUCAGCUGUCACUUAUUCGGAUUAGUCCAGGGGGAAGUAACGCACCACCCCGGAAAAGAAAUGGCGAUUAAGUGGCUGCGCUUUUCCUUCCUCUUCGUAGGAAUCUUGUCGCUGUGCCUCGCCGCGUCGGGGGAAAGCAGCGGCGUGAAGAAGAUGAAAAUGCAGUUCGCCGCGGGGCCCUUGCUCAAGUUCCAGAUUUGCAUCUCCUGAGGAUACAAGCGGGUGUUUGAGGAGUACACGCAGGCCUUGUACCAGCGGUACCCGGACAUCCGCAUCGAGGGGGAGAACUACCUUCCCAUUCCCGUCUAUCGGCACAUCGCUUCCUUCCUGUCUGUCUUCAAACUGCUGGUGAUCGGGAUGAUCAUUAUUGGCAAAGAUCCAUUUGCUCUCUUUGGCAUACAAGCCCCGGGGGUCUGGGAGUGGGGACAGGGAAAUAAGAUAUAUGCGUGCAUGAUGGUGUUCUUCCUCAGCAACAUGAUUGAAAACCAAUUGAUGUCCACGGGAGCGUUUGAAAUAACAUUAAAUGAUGUACCAGUGUGGUCCAAACUGGCGUCGGGUCACCUGCCCUCCAUGCAGCAACUAGUGCAGAUCCUGGACAAUGAAAUGAAGAUGAACGUUCACAUGAACACAAGGCCGCUCCACCACCCUUAACAGCCUUUCUCACUGUGUGGCCGCAGCCAUGUGCCCCUCCAUGUUUGAGGUGGGCCUCUCGCGGGGCUGUGACGUGAUGUUUAUGAAGGUCUGCACUGAAAGCAGAACCACUGCUAGCGCAGACUUGAUGCUCCCCACAUCUUUCGUCAGCACGCCCCUCAGAGAUGACCCGCCUCUUACUCGAGAGUGGGCUUGAUGGCGACACUGCCAGCCAACUCGAUUAUUUUCUUUUACUAUCACUCCUAUCUCAUGAAUUCAGACAUCAAAUGAAAAGAUUUAUGUGGUUGCUUAUAAAGUAGUCUUUAAUAAAAAUUGUUAUUUGUACCACUGAGCCAAACACGGAGUGUCUAGAAAGUCGGUGUUCUGUUUAUUAACAGACAUGUUUUCAUACAGAAACGUAAAAAUUUGUGCUAAUUCCACAUUUUCCCAAAAUUGGACAAAAACUGUCGUCACCUUGUCUUUAUAGUUCACGUGCAAUGUGCACAGUUCCAACAGACUUCUUUCAAUAUUCUGCAUUCCAUAUUUAAACUUUAUCAACAACAAAAAAAUCUAUGUUCAGUGAUUUUCUGAACCUGUGUAGAAUACUAAAAGUUUAUUCUUGUCCAAGUAGCUACGCCCUGUAGAAAAGCAAUUCUUGUCAUGCUGUUGUCCAAUUAACAUUGGGAGAAUGUUUUUGCUAUGAUUUGAGUAAUUUUUAUAUUUGCUUAACUUGGAAAGAGUUGAUAUGAUGAAUAAAAAGCUAUUGUAACUAUG